UCCAGCUUGACGUUAUCCGCGGGGUAUCUGAUCUCAUUUGCAGAUAUCCUCAUCGCGCCUUGACGAUUCGCUAAAGAUAAUAAAGCCAUUGACGUGAUCCUGCUAGAUAUUGAUACAACCAUUAUCCUUGGCGUGGGAGUCCGGUCUGGUAUUGGAACCCCUUUGUAUAAAGAUAGAUAGAGGUUCGACAUAUUCUAGAGUUUAACUUAAACAUAGGAGCAGCUAUAAUCGAGCAUAUACCCAUCAAAAUAAAUAUAUAGUCGUUUACUUCUUCCAAUUCACACAUCACUAUGGCACCCCCCGCAGCAGAUGUUGAUGUGCAAUCCGACGUGCCGGUGCAGCAGACUACCAAGAAGUCUGUCGGCCCCGUUCCCGUCAAGACAUUGACUAGCUCUAGACUUGACGGACCCCUGAAAUAUUCUGGGAGUCUCGACUCGUACGAGCAAUUUGAUGUCACUAAAGUCAUCGGCCGCGAGUUUAGCAACCUUCAACUGAGUGAGAUUCUACAUGACGACACUAAGAUUCGCGACUUGGCAAUUCUCGUUUCCGAGAGAGGUGUUCUAUUCUUCCGAAACCAGGACAUUAACAUUGACGACCAAAAGCUGUUGGGUGACCGACUUGGACAACUCACUGGAAAGCCAGAAACGUCUAAGCUCCAUCGCCAUGCCCUCUCAAACAGUAAACGCGGCAUCCCUGUUGACGAGAAUGGCCGUCUUGACGAUGAAGUAUCUAUUAUCUCUUCCGAGCAGAAUCGUAAAUUCUAUAAGGACCGAUAUACGGCAUUUUCCAAGAAAAUCGCCAGUCAUGGCUGGCAUGCAGAUAUCACGUUCGAGAACAUCCCUUCAGACUAUGCCAUCCUCAAGAUCAUCCAGCCGCCCGAGGACGUCGGUGGUGAUACGCUGUGGGCAUCGGGCUAUGAAGCUUACGACCGUCUUUCUCCGCCUAUUCAGAAACUAGCGGAGAGCCUAACCGUCACACACAACCAACCGGGUUUCGUCAAAGUACAGAAUGACUUUGGCGAAGAGCUUAUUGACCAGAACCGAGGCUCUCCUGAGAACAAUGGUCUCGACUUCAGGGCAGAGCAUCCCCUUAUUCGCACAAACCCAGUAACUGGGUGGAAAAGCCUAUUCGGCGCAGCCGGUCAGGUUGAGAACGGAUGGAUCAACGGGGUUACCGAGCGGGAGAGCGAGAUACUCAAAGACUACUUCCUCCAAAUAAUCGUUGAGAACCAUGAUCUUCAGGUGCGAUUCAGGUGGAACAAGAAUGAUCUUGCAAUUUGGGACAACCGCUCCGUCUUCCACACGGCUACCAAUGACUACGUCGGAAAGCGUCAAGGUAACCGAGUCGUAUCUAUUGGCGAGAAACCAUACUUUGACCCGAAUUCCAAGUCACGCCGUGAAGCACUUGGGCUUCAGGAGUCCUGAUCCGGGUCAGAUCUGAAGUGUAGCAACUAAAUUUGGGCCGUUGACUUUAGGAACUUUGGAGAUCAAUCAUAGAUAGUUACCAAUUAAUGUGUUGCGUCUCCUUUUUAUAGUAAUUGAACGGAUAACUCGCAUCUUUGUUUCGUUUUGGAUUUCCCUCCAAUAUACAAGUACGUAUGCAGUAUGGCGAGAUGUAAAUAACUUCUAGGUAGGCUUCACUAGUGACUUUAUUUAGAUAUACAAUGUUUGUUUGCCCUGCACCUGUAUCAAAGGUACCUGAGCUAAGAGGGCAAAACGGCGCACGGGCCAAUUAUCUAGGUCCUAACCUUACCUAAGGCAGG